UCCCCCGCCCAGAGCGGGCCAGGCCUGCGCCGCGCAUCCCGGCCGGCCCGCAGCGCAGCGCAGCGCAGCGGGGCCGGGCAGCCCCAUGGGGCGUGGGCGGCGCGGCCGGGGGCAGCGGGGGCCCGGCCGGCUGUAGGCUGCCCGCCGCCCGCCGCAGCAUGCCGGCAGCGCUGCGCCUGCUGUGGCUGGGCUGCCUCUGCAGCCUCUGCCGCGGGUACUUCGAGGGGCCGCUGUACCCCGAGAUGUCCAACGGGACCCUGCACCACUACUUCGUCCCCGAUGGGGACUACGAGGAGAACGACGACCCCGAGCGGUGCCAGCUGCUCUUCAGGGUGAGCGAGCAGCGGCGGUGCGGCGCGGCGGCGGCGGGCGGCGGCGGGCUGAGCCUGCGGGAGGAGCUGACGGUGCUGGGCCGGCAGGUGGAGGACGCGGGCCGGGUGCUGGAGGGCAUCGGCAAGAGCAUCUCCUACGACCUGGACGGGGAGGAGAGCUACAGCACCUACCUGCGCCGCGAGUCCGCCCAGAUCAGCGACGCCUACUCCAGCUCGGACCGCUCGCUGAGCGAGCUGGAGGGCAAGUUCCGCCAGGGCCAGGAGCAGGGCGGCCGGGAGGAGGCCCGCCUGGGCGACAGCUUCGUGGGGCUGCUGCUGCACGCCCGCGCCCUGCUGCGGGAGACCCGCCACAUCUCCAGCGGGCUGCGGGACAAGCACGACCUGCUGGCCCUCACCGUCCGCAGCCACGGCGCCCGCCUCAGCCGCCUCAAGAACGACUAUCUCCGCGCCUGAGCCGCAGCCGGCCCGGCUGGGGCGGCACCGAUGCCCCGGGGAAAAAAAACACCAAAAGACACAAACAAAAACUUAUUUAUUGCCUUUGACUUCCUAAACAAUUAACGCCUUUUUAUAAAGCGGGAGGUCAGAGGUAUGUUUAAGUUAAUAUCGCAUAUUUAAGGAAUUACCCUGCGUAUAGCGUUCAUCCAGCGUUACAAAGCCAAGGUGGCUUUCUGGUCCCCCCGCCCUGCCGGGGGGACGGGGGGGGGGAGGCAGGUGUGGGGGUCCCCGCCGCCCCACAUCCCGUGCCGCAGCUGCUGGUGCUGCUCCCGGCCCCCACCGCCAGCCGCUGGCCGCUGUCGCCUCCCUAACCGUGUAUAACGCUCUGUACGCCGCGCACCCCCAGCGCUCCGCUGCGCCCCUGAAAGCCGGGAUGUCCGCUUGAAAGCCGGGAUCUAUUCUGGCAGGAUUUGUACCCUCCAGGCUUGUCUAUCUGUGACUCUAUUGUAACCCCGCGAGCCAGCCAGAAGGGCUUAUGUCAAAUCCUAAGAAUGCUGAUGUGGAUUUGAAGAAGGAGCCCCAGCAGCGAUGCUCGUUUCAGAUCCCAAACGUGAGAGCCAGGUUUCUAAAAGCACGUUUCCAAAGCAGACGAAAAGGUUUGGCCUGUGCCACCACAGCGACGCUUCUUGUUGGUGCCUUUGUACUUUUGCUAGCUAUGCUAUUAAUAAAACUAUCGGUGCGCCUAGACAAUAGCAGAAGUGCCUCGUGGGAAGGGGAAGGAGAAGGAGGACUGUUUGGGUUUGUAGACUCGUUGUUAUCUAAUUGUCUGUUUGGGGUAAUACAGCUACUAGGUUACAGAUACUGCAGGCAGAAUCACUGUUUGGAUGACAAAAAGUUCCUAUGUUGUUUUAAUAAAUAUCUGAAAAUGA